AUGAAUAAAUAUGACGAGAUUAAUACGGAAGUACCUGAACCUGAGGGUCAAAAAACAAAAUAUAGAUGGAAAACAUAUUUUUUGAGACAGUUACUAGUUUCCAGUGCAGUAUGGGCACACUACUUUGUAACUGGGCUCUUCUUUGGUACUCCAACCGUACUGAUACCACAGAUGAGGAGAGAAGCAAAUAGCACUGAAGCAGUGGGCGAAGAAAUAGGAUCCUGGCUGUGUUCAGUAUUCGGCUUCUCGGCGAUACCAUGGGUGUUUAUAAUACCGCUCACCAUCACUAAACUGGGACGAAAGAUACCUUUUAUAAUAGCAUGUGUGAAUAUUUUCGCAGCCUUAAUUGCCAUGUAUUACAGUUACACGCCUAUGCAGAUACUCAUGAGUGAAAUAUUACAAGGAAUGAACCACGCUACAAACGUCACACUCGCAGUGGUUAUUAUAUCAGAGUACACUUCACCGAAAUAUCGAGGAAUAUUCCUUACAAUAAAAUCAGCUACUUUCUUCUGGGGUAUAUGGAUAUCGAAUGCAAUAGGCACGUUUUUCCAUUGGAAAUGCAUUCCUUUAUUUGGAAUGGUAUGCGCUGGUUAUACUAUGAUCAGCGUCUUCUGGCCGGAAUCGCCGUACUGGCUGGCCGAUAAAGGGCGUUUUGAAGAAUGUAGAAAAGCACACCGCUGGUUGCAUGGCUCCAAUGAGAAUUCAAUACUCGAAGUAGAAACUUUGAUCGCUUCACAAACCGAAUACCUUAAGAGUUGUGACUCCCGAAAACGGAACUGGACAUUUUCUAGUAUUUUGCACACGAUUACAUGUAAACAGUUCUACAAACCUAUUCUAUUGUCCAUUCUCAUGGUGAGUCAAUAUCACCUAUCGGGAAAAUACGUUUGCAGUAUGUACGUAAUUGAUAUAAUAAAAAGAAUCACCAAAAGUGAAUCAACCGCUUAUACGGGAAUGUUGAUUCUUGACGGAGUUACUGUUUUAGGGAUGUACGUGGGUUGCUUCCUAUCGAAGAUACUUAAAAGGCGUACAUUAUUCUUAGGGUCUUCAACUGUGGGCAUCACUUUUCUUUUUAUCAUUGCCUUAUAUCUUUAUUUAAUCAAAUUAUCUAUUAUAGGAGAGAAUAAUAUAGUUUCGAUUUUAUUAUUAAUAUCAUUCUCCGUACCCAUUAGUUGUGGUCCAAUGAUAAUGACUACGUCGCUAUACGGCGAAAUAAUACCACUGAGAUUUAAAACAGCCUGUUACCUUAUAACUGCUCUAAUGAGCGAAAUAUAUAGCACAUCCUUUCUUAAGAUUGCUCCUUUGAUAUUUAAAACAUUUGGUACACAUGGCACCUUUUUGUUUUAUGGGAUCGCCUCUGGUUUUUUCACUGUUUUGUUGUAUAUAUUUCUACCAGAGACUAAAGACAAAACGCUCCAGGAAAUAGAAUAUUAUUUCAAAAGUAAGGAGGUUAUACCAAAGGAGACUGAAUAUCUAAAACCUUUGCAAUAA